AUACGAAGGUAUAAGAUAAAGUAGUGAAAGAGAAAGAGAGGAUAAGAAUUAAGAGUAGAGAACACAUAGUAUUAUGCUAUGCUGCGCCAACAACACUGAACUCAAACUCAAUCUCAUAUUGUGAAAAUGGCGGUUGCACUAUCGAGUUGCACUUCCUUAUCCUCUGUGCUAUUCUCCACAGUUAAAUUCCGAUACUCACUCAGACAAAGACCCAUCCUCGCCUCCUUCCAUCCACAGCGAGUCUCCGCUUCCUCCAAAUCCAAUCGACAAAAGGACAAGAAGCAGCAAUUGGGGCAGUCAAAAGAUGAAAGAGGAAAUGUGGUUGAACCCCAAACAGCUUCUUCUAAAUCUUUUGGCAUUCAAAGGAAAAAUAAGGACUUUAUGUUCGAUUCCAAGGAUCAGCAGGUUGAACCAAGUGAUUUACAAGAUUCGGCUUUCCUUAAUGCUGUUGUGAAGGUUUACUGCACCCAUACUGCCCCAGAUUAUUCACUUCCUUGGCAAAAGCAGAGACAAUUCACAAGUACUGGAAGUGCAUUUAUGAUUGGAGAUAGGAAAUUAUUAACAAAUGCACAUUGUGUGGAACAUGAUACACAGGUCAAAGUCAAGAAAAGAGGGGAUGAUUCAAAAUAUGUAGCUAAGGUUUUGGCUAGAGGUGUUGAUUGCGAUAUAGCUUUGCUUUCAGUAGAAAGUGAGGAGUUUUGGAGAGAUGUGGAACCUCUCAGAUUUGGACGUUUGCCACAUCUUCAGGAUUCUGUAACUGUUGUGGGAUACCCUCUUGGAGGAGACACAAUUUCAGUGACAAAGGGAGUUGUAUCUCGUAUAGAGGUCACAUCAUAUGCUCAUGGAUCAUCUGAUUUGUUGGGCAUUCAAAUUGAUGCUGCAAUAAAUCCUGGUAAUAGUGGAGGCCCAGCAUUCAAUGCCCAAGGGGAGUGCAUUGGAGUAGCAUUUCAGGUCUUCAGAUCCGAAGAGGCUGAGAAUAUUGGAUAUGUGAUUCCUACAACUGUUGUAUCUCAUUUUUUGACCGACUAUGAAAAGAACGGAAGGUAUACCGGUUUCCCUUGCCUUGGAGUACUUAUACAGAAGCUCGAGAAUCCUGUACUACGGGAAUGGUUGCAAGUACAGUCUAACGAGGGUGUAUUGGUACGUAGAGUUGAACCAACAUCUGAUGCAAAUAAUGUAUUAAAGGAGGGUGAUGUGAUUGUCAGCUUUGAUGAUGUUCGUGUUGGUUGUGAAGGAACAGUCCCAUUCAGAUCAAAUGAGCGAAUUGCCUUCCACUUCCUCAUUAGUCAAAAAUUUUCAGGUGAUACUGCAGAGCUUGGUAUCAUCAGAGCAGGAACAUUAAUGAAAGCUAAAGUUGUUUUAAACUCACGAGUUCAUUUGGUUCCCUAUCACAUUGAUGAAGGUCAGCCUUCCUAUCUAAUAAUAGCUGGUUUAGUGUUCACACCCCUCUCAGAGCCAUUGAUUGAGGAAGAAUGCGAAGACUCUAUAGGGCUAAAAUUAUUGGCUAGGGCACGGUAUUCAUUGGCAAAGUUUAAAGGGGAGCAAAUUGUAAUUCUUUCACAGGUCUUGGCAAAUGAAGUCAACAUAGGUUAUGAAGAUAUGGGCAAUCAGCAGGUUGUAAAAUUCAAUGGAACUCGAAUUAAAAACAUUCAUCACCUGGCGCACCUCAUUGAUUCAUGCGAGGACAGGUAUCUGCGUUUCGAAUUUGAAGAUAGCUAUGUAGCUGUUUUAGAGAGAGAAGCUACUGCUGCUGCUUCAUCGUCCAUACUGAGAGAUUAUGGAAUCCCAACUGAAAGAUCUUCUGAUCUCUCAAAACCUUACGUGGAUACACUAGAUGGUGACCAACCAGCAGAUCAGGAAUUCGGUGAUAGUCCUGUUUCAAAUUUUGAAAUUGGCGCUGAUGGACUGCUCUGGGCAUAAGAAACUUGCACCUGAAGAUAUCAGUGUGAAAUUUCUCAUGGCAGCGGCAUUUGAAGCAAGUGAUCACAAUCUUGGGCUGCAGAAAGUGCAGCAACAGUAUGAGGCAACGUUGGUGUGAACACAUGAAUGGUUUUAUCAUUAUGCUACUCUGGGGCCAUGUUAGAAGCGACCAAUUUAAAUUGAUUUUAGAAAGGGGUAGAACUAUAGGAAAGAGUGUUUCAUGAUUAUUUUUACCCCAUGUAGUUUUUUUUCGUGUCAGUGUCACUCUUCGUGAUUUGAUGAACCUGAAAGAUCACUUCAGGUUUGAUGUCUAAAUCUUUCGGGCGCGUUCUGUAUUUUUAAGGAAAUAGUGCACAUAGGAGUAACUCGUAGAGAUGCCUUUGAUGCAAUCAAUGUAACUUUUUACAAUACAUUGAUUUUAAAUUUGUUUCAAUUGAAGUUAAAUGGCAUCAAUGUAACAUUUAUGAAGUUGUUAGUGUCAAUUGGAAUGAACCUCUUAUCUUUUGGAAUUUUAAA